AUGUCACAGGUCAAGGUGUUGCUGACUGGAGCAUCCGGUUAUAUUGGUGGCUCUGUGCUUCAAGUUUUGUUGGACGACUUCGGAAAGGAUAUUGCUAUCUCGGCACUCGUACGGUCGAUAGCGAGUCGCGACGGAGUCUGGGAGUUGGGGGCCACUCCAAUUCAUUUUGAUGGGCUACAUGAUAUCGAGACAAUAAAAAAGGUCGCAUCAGAACAUGAUGUUGUCAUUAGCUGCGCAUCAUCCCUUGACGAGCCGUCUUGCUUAGCUUUGAUUGAGGGACUCGGAAUCCGGAAACAGACUACUGAAAAGGAUGUGUUGUAUAUCCACACCUCUGGUACUUCAAAUUUUGGAGACCACCCUAUUACCCAGCCAGAAUCAAAAGACAUAAAGAUUCGAACGGACAAAGAUGACAACUACGGAUGGGAAAAAGAACACUCUGAGGCGUGGAUCACACGGAAGGUCGAUGUUACCAUCACCGAUGCUGGAGAACGCCUAGGCGUCAACACAGUCAUCGUAAACCCGCCACUCAUUUAUGGCCAAGGAACUGGAUUUGGCAAUCGAAGAUCAAUCCAAAUACCUGCACUAGUUGGCGUCUCUCUCCACGAGAAAGAGGCCGUUGUGCUAGGCAGUGGCGAAGGUCUUUGGAAUGUCGCUCACAUUUCAGACGUCGCUGAAUUUUACUCCCUUAUUUUAAAGAGAUAUAUUGAAAGGAAGCCUAUUCAGUAUGGAAAAAAUGGUUAUUAUUUUCUUGAAAAUGGCGAAACUUCAUGGCUAGGGAUUUCGAAGCGCAUUGGUGAGGUCGGGUAUUCUCAGGGACUGUUGAAAUCCAAGGAACCAAAAGCAAUCAAGCCAGAAGACUUUGCGAAAGCACUCAACAUAUCAUUUUUGAACCCCUAUAUGGCCGAAGUCAUCUGGAGCUCUAAUGCUCGUAUUUCUGCUGUCAAGAGCCGCGAGAUUGGGUGGGAGCCUCGAAUGGCCAUUACGGACUUCUACAAUUCCUUCGACUUGGAAGUUGAAGAGAUUGUCAAGUCGGGGCCAAAGCAUUAG